AGAAAAUCUCUCUCUCUCUCUCUCUCUCUCUCUCUCUCUCUCUCUCUUUGAAUUCCAACCAUCGUUAGGGUUCCGGCUUCUCGUCGAUGCUCUGAUCCCGGCAAUUUUCGCUUCCCGAAGCCCUGAAGAAAUCUCGACCCUAGGGUUUCAUCCCCGAUCCCUCGCCCGAGACAAUGCCGGAGCUAACCGACGGGCACAAGGUCCUCGUCCAGGCCCUGAUCUCGCGCGGCCCUCUCCGCGAGAAGGACUUCCACGCCGUCUUCCAUGGCGUCACCGGCAAGAACGCAGCGAAUCACCAGCAGCUGUUCAACGAUUAUCUCCUGAAGAUUAAUAAGGAGCUCUCGCACGUUCAGUGCGAGCUGCGCGGAUGCAGGGACCAAAACGACGGCCAGGUGUUCUAUGGAUUUGUCAAUAACGUUGCCGACGAUCAGUCGCAGCUCGGGACCAAAUACUCAGUUCCGCAGAUCGCUUUCUACAAGUGCAUUAUAGAAGCAAUAGUGCAAGACACAACUGCUCAAGGCUGCAUAUCAGAUAUUGAUGCUCUAAAUAUACGGCUGGAAAAUCAGAUGCUGAAUGGAGCUGUGUCGCAGUCCCAGGACAAUUCUCUUAGUGUCCCUGCUGCAUUUAGGAAUUUUUCUAUAUCCCAGAAAGAAAAAACCGUUGAGCAACUUGUGCGGGACAAGUGGCUUUGUUUGUACCCAGAUGGUAAGAUAGGACUUGGCGUUCGAUCUUUCCUUGACCUCAGAAGUUGGUUCCGCAGUAAUGGUAUCCCUUCAUGUGAAGUAUGUAACGAAGCUGCUGUCAAGGCGGAAUUGUGCCCUAAUGAUGAUUGUAACGUUCGAAUCCAUCAAUAUUGCCUGAAUAAGCGAUUUUCCCAGAAGAAGGUUGAGCGAGUUUGUCCUAGUUGUGGUCGACAGUGGAGAUGGGUACUGCCCAAAGCAGAAGAAAUAGAGGAAGAGGAUGCACAAGAUGUGCAAAUCCAAAGCCAACCAGUCCCGCGUCCAAAGAGAAUGAAGCUUCGAAGCAGGGCAGCUACAAAUGCUGACACUCUAUUACCAGCUUCAAGUCAAGGUGCCCCUCAUAGUUCUGAAUUUAGAAGGACAACUCGAAGCUCUGCCCGCCUGAGAUGAUGAUGUUAUCCGUUUAUAGCGAAUCAUUCCCUUUGUAGAGCGGCAGAAGGGCUAGCAUACUGUAAUUAGCUUUGAGAUUUCUGGUGCUAGAUUUUCCUAGUUUAUGUGGUGCUUUUUGGAUGCCGCGCAUUUUUGCUUGGUUGCCCUUCCGGUUGGUGCAAACUUCGGUAUUUAUGCUGCAACAAGUAGCUAGUCAGGACUGUGAUCGAGUUAUAUCAUUUCAUUCAAUUGGGCAAAA